GACAGACAGACAGACAGACAGACAGACAGACAAACGAGGGAGGGGAGACAGACAGACAGAAAGACAGACGGACGGACGGACGGACGGACAGACACACAGACAUAGACCAGACCCUUGGUGGGUGAGACAGACCGACAGACCAGAGGGGCUGAGACUGACAGACCAGAGGGAGGUGAGACAGAGAGACUGAGGGGGGUCAGACAGAGGGACAGAGUUUGGUGGUCAGACAGACCAGAGGGGGGGGGGUGAGACAUGGCCAGGUGGUCUGAUGGUGGCGCUAUGACCAGUCAACAGUCUCUCUGCAGCAAGGACCCGGCCCCCAAAACCAAGCGCAGAUGUUCCACUCUCAAGCUGUUCAUCAUGGCGCUGGCCUUUGCGUACUUCUCCAAGGCGCUGGCCGGGUCCUACAUGAAGAGCGCCAUCACUCAGAUAGAGAGGCGCUUCGAGCUGUCCACCACCCACGUAGGGAUGGUGGACGGCAGCUUCGAGAUGGGCAACCUGCUGUUUCUGGUCCUGGUCAGCCAUUUUGGCGCCAGGCUGCACCGGCCGCGGCUCAUCGGGGUGGGCUGCCUCCUGAUGGCCGCCGGCUCCUUCCUCACCGGACUGCCGCACUUCUUCAUGGGCAGCUACACGUACGACACGGCGGUCCACAGCUCCCUCAGCGACAACGGCAGCAUCGCUGCGUGCGUGGACGCCCCGGAGCUGGACCCGGGUCCGACGCUAGCGGACAGCACGGGUAUGAACAGGACAUUGUUGCGUGUGUGAAGGACCCCAGCUCCCACAUGUGGAUCUACGUGCUGCUGGGCAACGCUCUGAGGGGCCUUGGGGAGACCCCCGUCACUCCGCUGGGGAUCUCCUACAUCGACGACUACGCCCGGGCCGAGAACUCCCCCUUCUACAUCGCGUGCGUGCACACGAUCAGCCUCCUGGGGCCCGUGUUCGGGUUCCUCCUGGGAUCCGCGUGUGUGCGGCUCUACGUGGACAUAGGAUACGUGGAUCUAGACAGCGUGACCAUCUCCCCUAAAGACGCCCGCUGGGUGGGCGCCUGGUGGCUGGGCUUCUUCAUCUCCACCGCGCUCCUGCUCAUCUCCGCGAUCCCCUUCUGGUUCCUGCCCCGCACCCUCCCCAAGCAGGGCCCCCCCGAGGGGGAGGGGCCCCCGACCCACCCCCACGCCAUCCAGGAGGGGCUCCUGGAGCUGGACGGGGAUGUCCCCCCCAGCCCUGAGGACAGACCGGCCCCCAUCCACAAAGGGCUGCUCCAGUCCCUGAAGCAGCUGUUUGGGACUCCGGCCUACCUCCUGCUGCUCUGCUCCGGGGUACUGCGGUUCAACGCCGUCAUCGGCCUCUUCACCUUCAAGGCCAAGUACAUCGAGCAGCAGUUCGGACAGUCCGCCUCCCGGGCUAACUUCGUGAUCGGCGCUCUGACACUGCCGGUGUUGGCGGUGGGGAUCUUCCUCGGGGGGCUGCUGAUGAAGAGGUACCGGCUGAGCGUGUUCUCCGGCGCCCUGCUCUCCUUCGUCACCUCCGUCGUGGCCUUCUUCCUCUUCCUCCUGCUCCACCUCGGCACCAAGUGUGAACACGUGGCCGUCGCCGGACUCACCGUCUCCUACAACGGGACGGCGGGCGUGUGGGGCGGGGACGAGGCGGUGGUGGCCCCCUGUAACCAGGCCUGCUCCUGCCCCCUGGAGGCCUGGGACCCCGUGUGCUCCCAGAGCGGCAUCACCUACACCUCGCCCUGCACCGCGGGGUGCCUGGGGUCCUCGGGGAGCGGCAAGGCCACCGUCUUCCACAACUGCAGCUGCCUGUCCCACUUCUACCCAGAAGGGGGCAGCACCUCAGUGAGCCUGGGCCAGUGUCCCCGUGGCAACGACUGCGUCCGCAGCUUCACCUCCUACAUGGCCAUCUCUGUCCUUAGCUCCUUCAUAAACGCCUUGGGAGGCAUGCCAGGCUACAUGGUUAUCAUACGAUGUAUCGCACCUGAGCUGAAGUCUCUCGCGCUCGGCAUCCAGGCAAUGGUCUACAGAGCACUGGGGGGUCUCCCGGCGCCGGUGUACUUCGGAGCGCUGAUCGACACCACCUGUCUCAAGUGGGCGUCGACCCGCUGCGGCGACCGGGGGACGUGUCGCAUGUACGACUCCAACAUGUACAGGAUGAUCUUCUUGGGUCUGAUCAAUGUCCUCAACGGCUCCUCCCAACUCUUCCUCGUCCCGCUCCUCUUCGUCCUGAGACGGCAGUUCCGCAAGCCCCCCGGGCCCCCCCAGACCUCGCAGGGGCCCCACCCUCUGAAAGACCUGGGGCCCCGGACCCCGCCGGCCCCCAGUCAGGGCGACCCCCCUCUGCUCCCAGCCUCGGAGGUGGACGGACGGGGGACAGGGGGCGGCGCCCCGGGAGAGGAAGCCCCUCCUCCUCUGGAAGACACACCUGCUCAGAGAGCGACAGGUGAGGAGGAAGAGGAGGAGGAGGAGGAGGAGAGGAGGAGCUCUCCUGCUCCUGGAGAAAGACAGGGGAGGAACGCAGAGGUGGCCCCGCCUCCUCUGGAAGACACACCUGCUCAGAGAGCGACAGGUGAGGAGGAAGAGGAGGAGGAGGAGGAGAGGAGGAGCUCUCCUGCUCCUGGAGAAAGACAGGGGAGGAACGCAGAGGUGGCCCCGCCUCCUCUGGAAGACACACCUGCUCAGAGAGCGACAGGUGAGGAGGAAGAGGAGGAGGAGGAGGAGAGGAGGAGCUCUCCUGCUCCUGGAGAAAGACAGGGGAGGAACGCAGAGGUGGCCCCGCCUCCUCUGGAAGACACACCUGCUCAGAGAGCGACAGGUGAGGAGGAAGAGGAGGUGCAGGAGGAGGAGUUGCAGGAGGAGAGGAGGAGGUCUCCACCUCCUGAAGGAAGACCGGGGAGGAACGCAGAGGAAGCGAGUGACGAGGGGGAGAGGGGAGAGGAGGAGGAGGAGGUGCAGAAGGAGGAGGAGCUGGUCUUUGUAAAGACUAACGGGGAGCUGAAGGAAGGGAAGAGGAGGGGAGACUCUGUGACAGUGGAGGUCGAGGUCACUGUGGGAGGCCAGUCUUAAUGGCGGACCGUGACAUCGUGAUCUAAUCCGUGAUCCACGAUCAUUAUUGUCCUUAGUAUUCUCCCUAUAACCGCUGGACAAAAUGUUUUCAUGUUAAGGAUCCCUGUUUUCUAGUCAAUGAAAUUGUAAAGCAGGAGUGCCUGAAUAUGCUAUAUUUAUGAAGCAAAUAUUAAUAAUUGAUGUGUAAAUUCAGAAGGUACAAAGGUUCUCAGCACGUUAAUGAUGCUAAAUUUAUUUAGCAUUUACUGAGUACUUUAUACUCUCUAUAACUAGAAAACGUUUUCCUUUGAGGAAUCCCUUGGACUGCUUUCAUGUAAUUAAGCAAUAAUGCACUUUCCCUGUUUGGAUUAUGAUGUCAAAAGAUUUAUUUUUUAGUGUGCAUCACUGCAAUCUAUCUGAUCUACAGAGUUGAUAUACUGUCUCUUAUUCAACUCUUGGUUUUUCUAAUUGAAUGAAUACUUUUAAUGACUUGGUUAAUGAGUAUCGUUUGUAAUGAAUCUGAUCUUAAUCCUGAAGCCCCUUUGCCUGGUCACUGUGGAAACACAACACCGCCGACACAAUAGGAACAAGAGAACAGACGAGUGGUUUGGUUUGGAUGAGAUGUCAGAGUGAACGAUGCCGAGGUAAGUAAUGGAGGUCCUCUCGUCUGUGUAAUGGUUUGGACGAGUGUCGGGGGAGGGGAGAUUAAUUUAUCCGCGUUAUUCAUGAGAUCACAACAAAACAAAGAGCUUCCUGAGCGGUCGGCCGUUCAUAGCAGUGGACGAACGAGUCCCUCCCUGCUGGCUCCGCUCGUGUGGAUGACCUGCACUUACAGGUGUUGGUCGGCCCGUCGCUGUCGUAACGCUGUUAUGCAAAAAUCUAGAUGCCUUGGUAAUGAACGUCUAGGCCUAUAUAUACGUCAUUUAACAUGCAGAAAAAUGUCUGAUGUAAAAAACAAUAAACCUGCUGACUAUUAUGUAAUUAAAGACCAAUUAGCGCAUGG